AUGUCAGUGGCGGCGAAGAAAGGAAUAAGUGCUAAAGCGCAGUCCAGAAAAUGCGCUGCGCGUUUCUGGAGGCUCUUUCCUCACCUUUUUCUGUGCCUGUCUAUGGUUGGGUACGCUGCGCUGGGUGCGCUCAUGUUCCAGUACAUUGAAGGAGGCAGCGAGUCCAUGACCCAGAGGGACUACUAUGAGUUCUUGGGUCAGAUUGUCAGGACCGUCCAGAACCUCACCGAUAAUACCUCCUGCACGCAUCAGUGCAUAGUGGAGCAAGUGGAGACUAAGAUGCGAAAUGGCUUCAAGUCCAUUUGGCUCCAGAGACCUGAUAGAUGGAAUUUUUUUGGCUCCAUGUUCUUCUGCUGCACUGUAUUUACAACUGUUGGGUAUGGGGAGAUCUAUCCAGUGACACUGCCUGGUAAGGUGGUGUGUGUUUUGUAUGCUAUGGUGGGCAUCCCUCUCAUGCUUCUACUCAUUCUCGAUGUGGGAGACUUCCUUGCCAUGCUUAUGUCCAGAGCUUACGUCCACAUUCACACCCUCUGCAAAGAUCUCCUCUCCCACAACUGGUCACCGUGGAAGGCUCGUAAGAGGGCAGCAGACUCCAGCCACUGGGCCCUAGAGGACGGUACCUUUGUUUUCACCCAUGACGUUGUUAUCCCCGAACCCCUUGACAUUAGGCAGGUGCUGCACAGCCAAGCGGAUGUAAAGCACAAAUCCAUCCAUCUCCAAAACAACAAAGAGAUCUUUGAGAAGAUUCUCGCCAGGGAGAAUUUACUGAGAAAGGGCCCACUGCUCAGGACCCUCUCCUGCCCAGAGCUAGACCAGCUGCCACCACCACCCAAAGGAUUUGCAAUAUGGGACUUCACAGGGUUAGGGGAUGGGAUGGAAAUGUUGGAUGUACCCUUUCUACUGAUUCUUUUCAUUGUGUUUGCCUACAUUUUAUUUUUCGGUUUGAUUCUGCCGGUGUGGGAAACUGAAUUCAAGGGUUUUGACCCCUACUACUUCUGCUUCAUCACGCUCACUACCAUAGGUUUUGGUGACAUUGUACCCAAUCACCCAAAAUACUUCAUGCUUACCUCACUCUUCAUCAUUGUUGGUAUGGCCAUCAUGUCCAUGGCUUUUAAGCUGAGCCAAACACGAAUUGUAAGCUGCUACCGCCAGUGCAUCAAGUUCAUCAGCAGGGGAAAUGUGGAGACUUUCAAAAAAGGAGAGAAGGACUAAGUCACCAAGAGAAUCUGAGCCUCAUGUCCAAGAGCUGUACAAGCUCACAUUCCUGGCUUUG